GCGCCGGGUACUGAUGCUGCUGCCCGUGUAGUCGCAUCUAUCCCGGGGGCCUCCUCCCACUCAUCACAGUUCGAGAAUCCGCAUAUACAGGCGUUCAUUCAGUGUCGCAGAAAAGUCAUGUCUCUCUGCAGCACUGCAACGGAAUAAGGGCACAGAGAGGAAAAUCUACUUCAGAUGUAUUUCAGCUGAAAUAGCAGCGACGUCCGCGGUUGCGAGUUGGAACCCGUUGCUUUCUGCAUCCACGCAAAAGGAAGUUAUGUUCAUUUUAUUCGUUGGUGUGAUGCUGUGAGAUGCGUCGUGGUUAAUACACGGAACCCCGAUUUAUUCGGCCGGUUGGGGGAAAAAAACGAUACAGUAUAUGAGACAGAUUUUAACUUCGUUUUUGUUGAUUUCUGGAUGUUCUGGAGUGCGUAUACCUGGAGAUCUUGAGCAUCGGGAUGUUUUAACGCGUGCUGGAAAUCUCCAAACGGGAAGAUUUCGUCUUUAGCGCAUCCAAGACGCAUAAAAGCACCGACAGCGAGCAGUUUAAAAGGAGGACAACCAGCAUAACUGGACGGGAUUUAAAACUAUCGUCAUUUUUUCUGUACCUAUACGGAGAAUAGAGGGAGAGAUGAAAGUUUUUCCGGCAGUGUUGUUUCUGAUCACAUUUUGGAGUCUGGAGUGGGAGCCAGUGCUUCCAGAUUCAAUUAUUCACAUCGGGGCCAUUUUUGAUGAGUCUGCCAAAAAGGAUGAUGAGGUGUUCCGCAUGGCGGUGGCAGAUCUCAACCUCAACAACGAGAUCCUGGAGACAGAGAAGAUCACUGUGUCCGUGGAGUUUGUAGAUGGCAACAACCCUUUCCAGGCGGUGCAGGAAGCCUGUGAGUUGAUGAAUCGAGGUAUUCUAGCUCUGGUCAGCUCGAUUGGCUGUAUUUCCGCAGGCUCGCUGCAGUCUUUGGCUGAUGCCAUGCACAUCCCUCACCUCUUCAUCCAGCGGACCCCCUCCGGGACUCCUCGCUCCAGCUGCCCACACACCAGUCGCCUCCAGUCCGACGACUACACAAUCUCCGUGCGACCUCCCAUCUACCUAAAUGACGUCAUUUUCCAAGUGGUGAUGGAGUACACCUGGCAGAAGUUCAUUAUUUUCUAUGACACUGACUAUGAUAUUCGAGGCAUACAGAACUUCCUGGACCAGACUUCUCAGCAGGGAAUGGACGUGUCUCUCCAGAAGGUGGAAUCCAAUAUCAAUAUGAUGAUUACUGGAAUGUUCCGCACCAUGAGGGUGGAAGAGCUCCAUCGCUACAGAGACACGCUGCGGCGUGCUGUGCUGUUCAUGAGCCCCGCCACCGCCAAAGCUUUUAUUACCGAGGUGGUGGAAACUAAUCUUGUGGCUUUCGAUUGCCACUGGAUCAUCAUAAAUGAGGAGAUUACAGACAUGGAUGUACAAGAGCUGGUGAUGAAGUCUAUAGGUCGUCUGACCCUGGUGAGACAGACCUUUCUCCUCCCGCAGAACAACAGUCAGCGCUGUGUCAGGAGCAACCACCGCAUCAACAACUCCCUCUGUGAUCCCAAAGACCCAAAGGCACAGAUGUUAGAGAUCACCAACCGUUACAUCUACGACACGGUGCUGCUGCUGGCCAACACCUUCCACAGGAAGCUGGAGGACAGGAAGUGGCACAGCAUGGCGAGCCUGUCAUGUAUCCGCAAGGGCUCUAAACCCUGGCAGGGUGGCAAGUCCAUGCUGGACACCGUGAAGAAGGGAGGAGUGAACGGUCUCACCAGCUUGCUGGAGUUUAAUGACAAUGGCAGCAACCCCAACAUCUACUUUGAGAUCCUGGGGACCAACUACGGAGAAGACAGAGGCCGUGGAGUCAGCAGGCUCGCAACUUGGGACCCAGUACACGGGCUGAAUGGAACGCUCACCGACCGGAAGCUGGAAAACAACAUGCGUGGGGUGGUCCUGCGGGUGGUCACCGUGCUGGAAGAGCCAUUCGUGAUGGUCUCUGAGAAUGUGCUGGGUAAACCAAAGAAGUACCAGGGAUUCUCCAUUGAUGUUCUGGAUGCUCUGGCCAACUAUCUCGGCUUUAAGUAUGAGAUCUACGUUGCCCCCGAUCACAAAUACGGCAGCCAGCAAGCUGAUGGGACUUGGAAUGGUUUAAUGGGAGAACUGGUUUUCAAGAGAGCAGACGUCGGUCUCUCUGCCCUGACCAUCACACCCGAGCGGGAGAGCGUGGUCGACUUCACCACUCGCUACAUGGACUACUCCGUUGGUGUGUUGCUGAGGAAGGCCGAAAGAACGGUGGAUAUGUUUGCAUGCCUGGCCCCCUUCGACCUCUCUCUGUGGGCUUGUAUAGCUGGCACGGUGCUGCUGGUUGGAACUCUUGUGUAUCUGCUGAAUUGGCUCAACCCUCCCAGACUACCAAUGGGCUCGGUCUCCUCCACCACUCUCUACAACUCCAUGUGGUUCGUCUACGGCUCCUUCGUGCAGCAGGGCGGCGAGGUGCCCUACACGACUCUGGCCACGAGGAUGAUGAUGGGUUUCUGGUGGCUGUUCGCUCUGAUCGUCAUCUCCUCCUACACUGCAAAUCUGGCCGCAUUUCUCACCAUCUCCCGCAUCGAAAACUCCAUUCAGUCUUUACAAGACCUGGCUAAGCAGACAGACCUGCCGUAUGGCACUGUUCUAGACUCGGCCGUGUACGAACAGGUCCGAAGUAAAGGCAUGAACCCUUUCGAGAGGGACCCGAUGUACUCGCAGAUGUGGAGGAUGAUCAACCGCACCGGAGGACCGGACAACAACGUGGAGGAAUCGAAGGAAGGCAUCAGAAAGGUGAAGUACGGGCGUUUUGCAUUUGUGUGGGACGCAGCUGUGCUGGAGUAUGUGGCCAUUAAUGAUGAGGACUGUUCGCUCAACACUGUGAGCAACAAUGUGGCUGACAGGGGCUACGGGAUCGCGAUGCAGCACGGAAGUCCCUACAGGGACAUCUUCUCUCAAAGGAUCUUGGAGCUGCAGCAGAAUGGUGACAUGGACAUUCUGAAGUUGAAGUGGUGGCCGCGGGACAGCCCGUGCGACCUGUACACUCCUGUGGGCACUCGGAAGACUGGCAGCGCGCUGGACAUCCACAGUUUUGCGGGAGUAUUCUUUGUACUAGCGGCCGGUGUGGUGCUGUCCUGUCUUAUUGCAUCGGUGGAGACCUGGUGGACACGGAGAAAGGGCUCCAGAGUGCCCUCCAAGGAGGACGAUAAGGAGAUCGACCUGGAGCACCUUCAUCACCGGGUUAACAGCUUAUGCACGGAGGAUGAGAGCCCCCACAAACAGUUCUCCACCUCCUCCAUCGACCUGACGCCCCUUGACAUGGACUCCCUCCCGGCCGCCCGGCAGGCCUUGGAGCAGAUCAGCGACUUCCGCAACACGCACAUCACCACCACCACCUUCAUCCCUGAGCAGAUCCAGACUCUUAGCCGCAGCCUUUCCGCCAAAGCGGCAGCCGGCUUCGCCUUCGGGGGUGUCCAGGACCACCGGACUGGGGGGCACUUCCGACAGCGAGCCCCCAACGGAGGCUUCUUUCGCAGCCCCGUCAAGACAAUGUCCAGCAUCCCGUAUCAGCCCACCCCGGCCCCCAACUUCAGCUACGGCAAUGAUCCGGACAGGGGCACCUCCAUAUAAACUGCAGGAGUCCUGGGCCAGCGAGAUAGAAACAAACCCACAAAAGAAAUAUAUGUAAAUACAAAUGUUCAUUUUCGGUUGAUGUUUUCUCUUGGUUUUGACAUUGAAGGUUGCUCGUCUCGCCUGAACUCGCCGACUCUGAGGAUGGAGUAAAGCGAUCAUUUUUGUCAUCGUGGUUGUCGGGAGAUGUCCCCUGUGAACAGUUUUUGACACAUUUUGAAGCUCUUUUGUGGGAAGAGCAAAAAAAACAACGACUGCAUUAAAAGUUGUAACGUUGGUAUGUUUACUGUUUGUUUUUAACUCUGCCAAGUGUUCCGCAGACCCGCAAUAACUCGUCAGUCGAAUCUCGCUUCACGCUCAUCUCAGUGCUGGAUAAUGUUCAAUACUCCGUCUAUCCGAGCGGCUACCCGUGGAGAUCAGAACUUCUGAUUUUUUCUGCCGCCUCGCCGCUGCAACAGGUCCCACAGCGUGUGACUGUUUCUAAGGGCCUCUCAUCCUCUCUGCCAUCUGCUUGAAGAUGAGAUCUGCAGUCUUUAAAGGACACUCUGUGAAAAAGACUCACUGAACUUUAAAAAAAGUUAUUACAAAGGAGGGGGUAAAUCAAAUGCUACUAAAUGUCUCUUUCCGACCUUAAGUAUAACAAAUCUUUAAUGCGUGGAAUGUGUCUAGUCAGAGAGUUUUAACAACAACAAAAAAAUGUCUAAAGCUGUCAGUAGUUUUAGUUUUUUUUUUUUUAUUAUUAUUAGUUCUGAAGUUGCUUCGGUGCCGUCAUCUUACAUUGGUUUACAUCAUUGAAAUCAUCAGGAGUUUGUAUUCACUGUAGCUGCACUCCAGGACUCAAAAAUUCGGUAGAAAAGCUUCAUUGUAUAUGCCACCAGCUUGCAACUGUGCAUCAUAGGUUUUGGAGAUCAAAGAACGAGAUUUUUAACAGAAUUCCUAACACAAGCCUUGGAGACGAGGCUUUUUUUACUUUUCAAGUGCUAGUCCUCAAGGUAAUGACUACGCCGUACGGUGGCCAGUUUUGAGGGGUUAUUUGAAAUCACUUUCUAUUUAAUUUCGUAAAUGUUAAGGGGUGAUAUUUAUCUAACUUUUUUUUAAGCGCUAAUUGUUCAAACAAGGCCAUCCAGGUGUGGUAUGAGUUUUAAAAAUAAUGACAUUUCGAGGACGAAAAAUGAACAAAUCCUUUUCACUAACAUAAACUGUAUUAAUAUUUACUAAUGUUAGUCAUUUAGAAUGAGCUUUCAGUUUGUUAUCCUCUGACUAAUUCGCAAAUGUUGUGCGUAGAGCGGCAGUGUUUUGAUGCAAGCCUUCUAGAUGUAAUUUUCUUAAGAUACGAUUACUGAAAGACUAUAGGAGCAAUUUUUAUUUAGUAUCGGUUUAAAGAUUUUUAUUUAGAGAUAUAAAGAGACAUUAAAAAUGUAUAUUUUACAUGCAGAACAUUUUUGGUUGGAUUAAAGAAGAUAUAGAGUAUUAUAUCUGAGCCCGUAGAGCUCGGUUAGCCACUAUCACAUUACAUGACGUUCUCCACGGUCUCUCCGACAGUAAGGCAUAUUAUUUUCACUUCAUUGCAUUUCGAUUUCUGACUUCAUCGAAAAGGAGGCAGGGGGUUUUUUUCAGUAAAAGAAGCAUGCAAAACCUGCCAUGCCUGGUAACAUUUUUAAUUUCAAACAUAGAAUUGUACAGGAUUACUUCAUUUUCAACUGAGUAUAAUGUACAGUAUUUAAUAUAGGCUUAUUUUGUUGUAUGUGUUGCAUAUUAUUCAAAUGGAACAAACUGAGGCCUCUGUUACAAGUGGCAAAGCUUUCUGUGUAUAAUUUGUCUAAUAAACAUGUUUUCUACA